AUGAUUAUUGGAAGAGAUAAUAAAACAUUCAUUCUUAAAGAUGGUGUAUGUUACAAAGACAAUAUUCAAAAAGGUUCAGCAUACGAAUGUGUAGAAUGUGGUGUAGGACUUUUCGCAGCUCCUUGCUUUUUACAAAUAUCAUAUAAAAAGUUACCUGUUAAUUUUGAAUCAUUCGUAGUCUACAAAUUUGUGUUUGUUGGAUGCUAUUGUUUGGAAGACACAAUUGGAGAUGAUGACUAUACAGGUGUAUACACAUUGCCAAAUACCCUAGUUAACAAGUCAGUAACAAAGCCUUGUCUGUACAAUACAAUUGCUAACAUAACAAGACAAUGUAUUUGGAAUGCUGUUUUGGCUAAACCUGAAUGGAAACCUGAUGUUCUUUCAUUUUUGAAUUUUUGUCCUUUAAAGCCUAGUACAACAUGGCAAUCAAAACAAAUUAUUAUUUUGGAAAAUGUUAAUGUUACAAAGACGAACGUUGCAAACAUUACAGAUGAUUUGAAUAAUGUUAUAUUAAAUGGAAGUCUAUCAAAAAUAUCUGAGAUUUUGAGGAUUUCAAAUAUUCUCAAAAAUAUAAUCAAUAUUAACUCUUCGUCAGAUGUGGUUACAAAUGGUAUCUUAUCGACUGUAGACAAUCUUUUAAGUUUGAAUAGAGAUUUAGUUAAGCAAGCAAAUGAAAAAUUAAAAUCAUCAGUGGUUUUCUUAUCUCAACUGGACAUUUUGGCCCAGCAGCAAACCUCAAAUAUCACUAAAGCGAUGAAAAAUAUUGGUUUUACAUCAUAUACUUCAUUAGUAAAUAGUAAAGCUAUAUAUAUUUAUUCUCUUGAAAUAGAAGGUAAUAUAAGUGUAAGUAUAUCAAGCAAUGAUCCUAUAGGUGAAUUUACAAACUUAAAAGACUAUAUAGUUUUUCCUUCACAACUUUUCAGUGAGCAAAGUCAAAUCAAAGUUUAUUCUUAUGUAUUUCGAGACAAAACAUUUUUUGAAGAAAGAAACAGAAAAAUAGAUAGUGUGAUACUUUCCGCAACUAUAAGUGAUGCUUAUGUUAAAAACUCCAACCAUCCAAUAAAAAUGAAGUUUUCUAGUCAGAAAAGUGUUUUUGGCUCUAGAACUUGUCAAUUCUACAAUGUUGAAAAACAAACUUGGUCAUCUGAGGGAUGUUAUACCAUUAAUUCAUUAUCAUCAGAAAUCUACUGUCAAUGUAAUCACCUUACAAACUUUGCACUGAUAUUAGAUGUAUAUCAAUACGGAAACAACCCUGUUAUUCUUAGCGCUAUUUCACGGAUUGGUUGUUUAAUAUCGAUUACUGGAUUAUUUAUUACAACUGUAUACUAUAAAAUUACGAGAAAAACGCGCUCCAAAAAUACUUAUAAUUCUAUGCAUAAAUCUGAUGUCUACGCUUAUUUUAUUUGUCGCUUUUGUGGAACGAACCAACUCUCCUAUUUUGUGCAAGAUUGUUGCUUCAAUGUUGCAGUUUUUUAUUUUGUCAACAUUCUUCUGGAUGGCAGUUGAAGGUUUCAAUUUAUAUAGAAUGUUCGUAAAAGUGUUUAGCAAUUCAACCAAGUCACGUAAUUUUUUAUUGAAGUGUUCUUUUUUUGCAUGGGGCAUACCUCUAAUAUUUACUAUAGCAACUGCUGUUAGUAAAACCUAUUACCUUGAAACUCAAACUGAAUAUAAUCCUAACAUAUGCAUGCAUCAUGGUAUUCCAUUUUAUAUUGGCAUACUUAUACCUGUUGGUGUUGUAAUGACUGGCAAUAUUUUAGUUUUAACGUUUGUUCUCAGAAGUAUUACAAAGAAAUCUGUUCUACAUAGCAAAUGCGGCUGUAAAAAAAACGUUCGAAGUGCAUUAGUAUGCUCUUUAUUACUUGGUUCAACCUGGAUAUUUGGAGUUUUAGCUUACGGAGAUGCGCGAGAUAUAUUUCAAUGGUUGUUUUGUAUUUUUAACUCGUUGCAAGGCUUUUUUAUUUUUAUUGCCUACGCUUUUCAAAAUAAACAGGUUAAAGACCAUUGGGUGUCACUAAUACGAGAAAAAUGGAGUUCUGGUUUACUGAAGAAAAAAGAUUCUGAUUAUUCACAGAAACAAAGUUUUACCAUUCCAUUUGAAAUGAGGAAGAGUUCAAGUGAAGAAGUAAAUUAAUGUGUUUGUACUUUUGCUCAGUUUUUGUGAAAAGUUUUUGUUAUAUUUUUUAUAAGUUGGUUCUAAUAAUUAAUUUCUAAUUUUUCUUAUGUUU